ACCAGGUAGAAAGGAGCUAUCUCAUCACUUGCCAUAAAUGCAGCUAUAAGAAGAUGCUGGAGGACACCACCACCCUGGGUAUUUCUGCUCAACUUGAGAAACAAAAUUCUAAUUGCACCGUUAUUUUUGUGGAUCACACUUUGGCUGAGAUGCAGAAAGAACAGUGCUAUUGCCAGCACUGUGAAAACCAAAUACCCACACUACGCCACUGGUUUAAAACUCUACCCCAGAUUCUGGUCAUCCAUGUGGAGAGGGAUCAAGUUGGCAUUAAGACUGGGGUGUCUGUGCCCCUCUCACUGACUCUAGGAACAGACGAACUUGACAAUGACUAUGAGCUCUUUGGAACGUGUCAUCAUAUUGGAAAAGUUCAUGGUGACCAUUUUGCAUCUGAAGUGAAGCCAUUGGAUGAGAGUCACUGGUACCGCUUCAGUGACACAGAAGUGCCUGAGGUCCCGGAAAGCGAGAUCUCCUGGCAAGCACAGAGCAGUGACACCGUCUCUCUGUUAAUGUACCGCAAGGUGAAAUCCACUGCUAAGCCAGGGUUGGACAGAAGCAAUAAUACAAUCUGCUCCUUCGAGAGUGCUACUGAAUCCUGGAGAAACUUGGAUGUAGCUCAACAAGAUUCUCCUGGUGCAAAUCAACAAGAAUCUUCCAUGAGUCUGGCAUCUGAUAACACAGCGUGCUGCACUGAUGACACUGAGGAGGCAGCUGCUCAUCAGAAGAAACAAGACCGAAAAAAGCGGGGGAAAAGGCCAAACCAAUGUACUAGGGUUUAGUCACCUCUUCCAUUUGUGCCCAGUCAACAGCUGUGUUUCCAUAUGUUGUCUGUAGAGGUGAAAGUUGUGGGAAGCUUUUAAUAGAUUUCAAGGCCAAGAGGCAUCAUUAUGGUCAUCUCUUCUGACCAUACAGCACAACCCAGAGGACUUUCCCAACAAUUCCUAGAGCAGAUCUGUUAGAAAAACGUUUAAUCUUGAUUUUAAAAUGGUCAGUGAUAGAGAAUCCAGCACAGCUCUUAGUGAGUUGUCCCAAAGCUUAGUUGCCCACUUGUUAAAAAUGGACAUUGUUUAUUUCUGGUCUGGGUUUGUCUCGCUUCAGUUUCCAGCCAUUGGGCCAUGUUAGAUCUUUCCUUGCUUGACUGAGGAGCUUGCUGUCAAACAUGCAUUCCCCCAUGUCAGUGUUUGUAGACUGUGAUCAAGUCACGUUUUAACCUGCUCUUUGUUGAGCUAAA